AUGGGUCGUGCCGAUGGGCUAUCGAGACUUCCGAUAUCCGUAAUCUUCCAGGAACCGACGGGUGCGGACUGUACGGAGUUGGCAACAGAUGAUACGGAAGGUCUGGCAACUCAGUCGGAAGGUGUGGAAGGCACCCAAGUUUCCACGACCCGUAUGAUGGAAGCUACUCGUAUCAAGCCGAACGAACCGUAUCGGAUGAGACAGUCCGUACGGGAAACACGACGUAUGAGAGCCGAUACGGACUCGUGUGAGGCGGAUACGAUGCGCACGGCGCUUACGGAGCGUAUGGGGUUGGACGUAUUAAGUCCGGAAGUUAAGCUUCCUCAGUCGGAUAGUCCCUUGGACGACUCGUACAACGUGCCUUCCGACCUUCUGUCGCAACUACGCCUCCGUGCAACUUCUCAACACAAACACAAUGUUGGGGGGGCAGUGGACUCCCAGGCAAAGCUUGACCUGGCCUUUCCUGACCCUAACCCUUCCGGCUCGCACAACACACCGCGCCGCCCGAAGCUGUCCACCGCAGAAUGGGCCUGGCCGCCCAAAUGGCUCCAGCCAGGCGCGUCGAGUGGGUCCUAG